GGAGGGAUGGGGGCAGGACAGUGGGGAGCAGUAUUGGGCGCUGGGGAGAGGAGCACCCUGGCAUACCUGUCUCAGCAUCGUUCCCUGCGCCCUCUUAUUGCUCUACCUUUUCCCUCCCCACUGUCUUCUUCCCGUUGUUCCUGUCUCUACCCCCAUUCCCUGUCUUUUCCUUCUGUCACUGACGAUGUCUUGUAUACUUCUGUCGUAUUCAUGGGCAUUGGAUUUUUCACGACAGCAAUUAGAGCUAAAAUUGGUAAAUCCUCUGUACAGUAGAGCUCUGGUCAAGUGUAGGUAGUCUCAUGGUCUAUCCAAGGCUGUGAUCAAGUGUCUUGAUGUUUUUUGUCUUUUGGCCUGGAGAUGAAAACCUUGUCUUUGUUUGUGGGACCUUGAAGUGAAAAAAUUCUCUAAGUUAUAUCUCUUCCUUUCUCAAGCUCUGUGGCAUAAACUAAUUUUUCCAAGUAUCUGAGCAUAUUUUCUAUUGUAUUUCUAGGAGAUUCAGUUAGCUGAGAGUCAAGUACCCAUUUCUGUGUUAGUCAUGCGUUGCACAAAUGUAACAAAAAUAUAUUUGUAGGUGUAUUGCUUUCUGUUGCAGAAUGUUAAAUAUAAGACACAUACUAAGGAUAUACUUAAAACAGAAAUAAUGUAAUCCAUAAACUGAGGACAGCAGGACACUAACUUCUCACCAGGACAUAGCCCCAGACCUUGGCAGUGGAACCACCUUUUCCCACGCCUUCCCAACCUAACCACCCCCGUCCUCCUUGUGAAAUUUUAAAUAGUAUUGAAAAUCAUAAAUGAUUAGUGACGCCAUAGAAACCACACAAUGUCAACGAAAGGAUCCAGUAGAUUUGUUUCAUUCUGGGCACUUUGUAAAAAUAUGUGCCCCUAUGGUCCGAUAUUCAAAGUUGGCUUUCAGAACUUUGGUCAGGAAAUACAACUGUGAUUUGUGUUAUACACCAAUGAUAAUUGCUGCUGAUUUUGUCAGAUCUGUGAAAGCUAGAGACAGUGAAUUCACAACAAGCAAAGGUGAUCGCCCACUGAUUGUUCAGUUUGCUGCUAAUGAAGCACAGGUUUUAUCUGAUGCUGCCCGUAUCGUCUGUCCUUUUGCAGAUGGAAUAGACCUAAAUUGUGGCUGUCCUCAGAGAAUCCAUGAUGAUCUAAAGAGAACUGUAGAUCUCUGUCGAAAAGCUGAAGCAACUGGAGUUUCCUGGAUUACAGUUCAUGGGAGAAAUGUAGAAGAACGACAUCAGCCAGUACACUAUGAUGCAAUUAAAAUAAUUAAACAAAAUCUGUCUAUACCUAUUGUAGCUAAUGGAGACGUUAAAACUUUAAAAGAUGCCGAGAAUAUUCAUCAUAUGACGGGGACAGAUGGUGUAAUGGUUGCUAGGGGGCUCUUAGCCAAUCCAGCCAUGUUUGCAGGAUAUGAAGAGACACCUCUGAAGUGCAUCCAGGAUUGGGUUGACAUUGCUCUUGAACAUGGGACUCCUUUUACGUGCUUUCAUCAUCAUUUAAUGUACAUGAUGGAACGGAUAACUUCAAAACAGGAAAAAAGGGUUUUUAAUGUUUUAUCAAGCACCUCAGCGGUUCUGGACUACCUUAAUGACCACUACGGGGUGUAAUAGCUUUUAAAGUAUUUUAAUCAUGUGAAUAUUGCAUUUUAUAUUUUAGAGUUGUGGGUACUUUGUGAUAGUGAUAGGUUUCCCCACGCUUAUAUUUAUUAGUCAAAAUCACAGUGCAUUGGAAGAUCUCAUGCAGUGUAACAUUACUGGACAUUUCUGAACUGAUCAUAUUAUAUUUUUAUAUUAACAUUAUUUUCAACUCAGGAAACAUUCAUGACUUGAAAAUAGCUUUUAUAUAUAUGGCAACGCAUUACCAUACACAGAAUUGUGAUGCUGUAAGCAGAGUGUCUUAUGAGCAAAUAAAUUAUAUAUGCAGUA